CGCCGCACCGAGUCUCCAUUGCGGGACUCGCCGAAUACAUAAAUCAUCUUGUAACUGGAGAAUCAAAAGCUACUGUCCGCGUUAAGAUGCUACAUAAAGGUGAUUGCAUCAUGCCGACACCUGUAGCUACGGACGAAGUCGGCGAACAAUCGACCCUCGGCGAAAGUAACCAUGAAGGUUCCUGGAGACGGGCGACCCUCGAAACACCAUUUCACAUCUUCACGAUCGCCCUCUGUUUCUUCUUCGUCGCCGUGAUCGAAGUAUUGCUGCAGCUGUCGAAGCGAAACGGAGCACUGCUCUUCCCCGACCCCAAAACCGACGAACUUCCCACAUAUGCGGUGUUUUGUUUCGAGUACCUACCUAUAAUCAUUGCCGUUAUGCACAAUGUCCUUUGGAUGACGGUGGACCACGAUAUCAAAAGAAUCGAGCCUUUUUUCCAGCUGUCAAAGCCUGGCGGCGCGGAAGCCAAAGACUCCCUCUUGCUGCACUACCCCUACCAAUUCGCCCCAUUCGUGCCGCUCACGGCGUUCCGAAAACGAAAUUGGACGGUUUUCUGCUCCAGCACGGUGGCGCUUCUGACCGCCUACGCGGCAACUCCGCUGAUGAGUGCCAUCCUGACGAAGGAAACGAUCGAGCGGUCGAUAGACUUCGAUGUCAUGAGCAAUGCCAUACUACCAGUGAGCCAGCAAGCGCAAAGCGUGAGCGCGUUGUUCUCAUAUCUGGUGUAUGGUUACAAACUGUUGGGGGAUCCGAUGCCAGCUUUCUCCACCGAAAACUUCGGGGUCUUGCCUUUUGCUCCAGCCAUCGAUCUACCGAUAUCGCGCGGAGAAUGGGUGGUGAAUACGACACUUUACGAGGCUGACCUGGAUUGCGUGGAGGCUGUUGAAAAGCGAACCGGAGGUAGGGGUAGUCAGCUGACUCUCAGCAAUGGCCGCGACUGCGAGUUCACAUUUCUGGACUACGACAACCUCGAUCAGGACGAUCUCUUGGAUAUCCGGAACGAGAGAUUUUUCACCGAAUUUCCGUACAUGGCGGUACUCAUGAAUUACGACACUAUGAACCAAGCAAUUCGCGAGAGAUCACUCGGACCGACGCCGUUCACCUUGACAAGCAAGCAGGCUAACUGCUCGAAUCCUCACCAAAUCUUUGCAUUGUGGAAUCGCUCGGAUGGCAUGACCGUCGACGGGCUCGAUUGUGGAGCGGAGGCUGACGGGUCUAGUUGCACCCACGAAGGAGCCGACCGGGGAACUACUCCGGAGAACUUUGCCGCUGUGUUCUGUGAGCCAAAGUAUUUCGAGCAAUCCGUGCAAGUAACGGUGGAUGCGGUGACCGGGCGAGUGAACGAAGCACUGAGACUAGGAUCGAAACGGCCGUUCGACGCAGGAGUUGAUAGCGCUUUCUUUGAGAGUUUUGCGACAUACGGGAAGCUUGCUGCUUCGACGCCGGCAUUGAACGUUGCUCGAGACUAUGCCCCCAAUGACAGAAAUGUAUUUGGCGCACCCGAUGUCCGUGACAGGAUGGCGAAAUUUCCACAGUUCCAGAUGGCCGGCACCUUCGACUCGUCUAAGUAUGGACGCAACACCGGAAUAGAAGCCUCCAUCAACACGGGGCUUCUCUACUCACGGUCGAUGAUGGGGAUAGCCAUUAUCGACCAGCAAAGCCUGGAUGAUCUGUUGGACCCGAGGAUAUUGGCGCGAAAGCUGCAGGAGAUGUACAGAUUGUACUUCUCCUACGCAGUGACAUCGGAGCUUUCGGCGCCGAAUAAAACAAUGCUCACGGCCCAAUGGAAGUUCAAGACACAAGCCUACACCACCGAUCCCUUGUGGGCGGGGCUCCUACAGGCGACAUUCUCCGCAAUGGCAGUGCUGGACAUAAUCCUCACCUGUCUUCUUUACAAGAGAAGGCUUAACCUUAACAGUGAUCCCGGCUCGCUGGCAGCGCUUCUGUCCUCCAUAACCAGCUCGCAAGCCUUGCUCUCGGACUUCCGUGGAUCAGAAUUUCUCCUGUUCAAGAAAACUGCUACGAAACUGGAGUCGGAUGGAAGUCGCUACCACCUCCUCGCCACCAAGGAAGGCGGUCACCGCAUCGAUAAGAACGCGUCGGUGGAUGGAGUCGAAACGAAGCUACAGCCGGUCAUCCCAGCUCUGUACGAUGAAUCAGUCGCUAUCAAGUCGGCGAGGCCCUGGGAGCUUUCACUCAUCACCGGAGUGAGCAUUAUCGGGUGUUUAUUAUCGCUAGUUGGUCUGUUUAUUGCCCUUUUUGAGUCCGGGCAGAGAUACAAUGGCUUGCCUCGGCUCAGCGACAAAGUAUUCCUGCGCAACAUGGUGUUUUCGUAUGCUCCAACAAUAGUUUCGACACUCAUAGAAAACUUCCUCCUGGCGAUAACCCGCUUCGUAUGCUUGAUCAUGCCAUAUCAUGAGAUGCAGAUGGGACCCACCCGCAGCAACCUGUCUCUCGCAAUUCAUUACGAGAAUCGACCGCCGCACUUUCUUCUGAUCAACACCCUCAAGAAAGGACAUUACCUCCUAUCCAGUCUCAUCGCAGCUGCUAUCCUCGCCAAUAUCCUCGCAGUCUCUUUGGGUGGCAUGUUCUCGCCCACCACCAGAGAGUUCGUUCAGUCAUCUGUUGCAUACUCGGAAAUAUACCACCCGCAGAUCAACCCAAACCGCAUCACGACUCUCCCGAAGAUGGACACCAUAUUCUAUGCCGCAAUGCGUAACGCCUCGGACGAAGAUCCAAAGGUUCCUUGGACGAUGGCAGACUACUAUUUCCUCCCAUUCCAGCCGAACAAUGCAUCUUCCGAAUCAUCACGAAUCACGCUAUCCCGAACGGCUGAGACCUGGGCAUUCAAGGCCAAAAUUAGCUGCACAGCGCCGGAAAACUCGCAGCUCAACUUCACCGACCACGAAAUGGAUUCGGCUAAUGAUGUGUACCUGAGCCCUAUAAAGGACACCUUCUUGCGCCCUGGUGGCAACUGCAGUGCUGCUCAACUUGCAAAGCAUAGUCACGAGUCGAUCGCCGCAGAGUCCAUUCGCCUUUCACCCGAUCCACUUCUUGGUUACGUGAUCACUAACAUAGUCGAUGCAGACGCCGGUGAAGUCCUGGGGAAUUAUACCAGGAGGGUUAUUGCGGCGGGCGAGGUGUACCACGAAAAAGCGGUUCCUUUUCGGCACUGCGCUGGCACAUUCGGUGCCGCUUGGGUUCGGUAUGGGGUCAAAGAGGCUGUUUCGCCGGACCUCGAUGUAACAGCUUUCGGGACCUUGGCACCGGAGGAAGCUGUAUACCUCAUCUGUCAAGCGGGGCUUACCGUCGCUAGACAUUCCGUCACCGUAAACGACCAAGGAUUCGUCCUGUCCCACAACCAGACCGACCAAGAUGUCGCCGAACUCGACCGUUUCAUCGAUGAAAGUGCGGUUCCUUACAAUCACAGCACAGUUGACUACCUCGGCAUGGCCUUCCAACAGUUCAUUCUCCCCACGGAACCCGCUUCCCCCCGCCUCGACCCGCGACCGCACAAUUGGAUCUCCUUUUUGAUACAGCAGCGGUCGCCGGGCCUAAGUCUGGUAGCCAAUGUCACAGCAACAGCGGAUGUUUUCGAGAAAGUCUACGCAAGGCUAUUUCCCAUCUUCUUGAACACAUACUCCGACUCGCUUUUCACGGCUGCGGAUGACGCCUCACUCACCACCAGCGGCAGCGCUGCCGUCAAGGAAGACAGAAUGAUGAUCUCCACUGCGAUGAUGAUUCUCGGCGUUACAAUCCUCGCCGUCUUCGUGCUGGUUAUCGCAGUCACAUACCUCGUCCGACCAGGUGCCUCGAUGAUUCACAUACCGACAACCAUCGCGGCCACAAUAGCGCUUGUGUAUGCGAGCAAUGUCGGCGAGGAUACCGCCUCAACGCACAGCGGGGACAAGGAGGGGAGUUUGACCGAGCAUCCGAAACUCAGAGACGCUCAGAUGUAUGGAUACGGCUGGUUUGUGGGCCGGGAUGGUGAACAUCACCUGGGCGUGGAUAGGGAGCCGGUAUACAGGACUGGUGCUCGGACGCUGAAGCGACGAUGGCUGUAAUUGAAGUGAUAACCGUAGAUGUUUGGCUGCCGUUUUGUGUUCUCGUUAAUGUCCUG